AUGGAGCUUCUUCAUUACCCGAUCCUUGAGGUGGAGCUAGUCAGACUGAACUGCCCCGACCUGUGUGGGACCUGCGACAGCGAGGGCAGCUCCAAUGCUACUUUUCAUCACAAUCGCUUUUCAUGCCACGUCCCUGACACAAUUAGCAGCAACAACACAGCCAUUCAUGCUACAGGAGUGAUGGGAAACAUGCUCGGUCAGGGUUUAAGGCUGAAUGCUUCAUGGAUCUCUGCGGAAGAGAACCAAGCAUUUCUUUACUAUUCGCCCAAGGUCUGGAAUGACAAUUUGUUCGUGAUGGUCCCCAUGGUGCUGCUGGUGCUCACCUUCGCACUGUUGCAUCGACCCUUACAGCAUCAGCUGAGAAAGGCUUCACGGAGCCUAUCUUCAGGAGCAGCAUCUCGCGUGGCAGCAUCCAACCUCACACUGAUCAAAGUCGCAGGAUUAUCCAUUCUAAUGUCAUGGCCGCUUCUGAUGAUUUUCUGGGCAGGCACUGGUUAUCAUACCUGCAGCCCUCCCUUGUCUCAGAUCACCCUGGCCAAUCUGCAAGAGAAUGUUUGGGGAGAGCUCGGGGUGGUGGUCGCAUGGUGUGGAGCGGUCCUCUUCUUUCGAUCAAUCCUGCUGAGUAUGCCCAAGACAGCGGAGAGCCCGCUGAGAUAUAGUCGGGCGCGAGGUCCGAGCAUGAAGACCCAGGUGUUGAAGGGCCUCGCGUGGCUUCUGUGGUUCUCCUUUGUCAGUGUGCUCUCAAUGCCCUCCAUUCUGGUGGCGGCAGUGCAGGCCCUGCCGAAGACUGUGAAUCAGGAGUGGUUUAGCCACAUCCAUUCGGCUGCGCCGUUUCUCAUUGUCGCCAUUGAUACUGUGGUGGCCAGCGCUCUCUCCAUGCAGUACUCAGCUCGAAGUGGCAUUAAGGCGGAUCGUCUCUUGAUGACCUUCCGGCUCUUUUCGGCUUGGCUUCUGAGUCUUCUGACCACUGUCUUCCUACAUGAGAACUGCCUGGGAGGAUGGAAGCUGUUUUGGAUCGUUUGCAGAGAGGAGGCACCUGAGCAUCAAUCCUUCAAUUGGAAAAUCUGGGAUGAAGAGAUCCUCAAUACCAAGAAGGACAUGUGCUCCCUGAACCUACUCUGGUGGCAAGAUGGCCGUUGUUCGCGGUCGAUCGUGGAGGGUUUGACGGCGCUGCUGCUCAAGAAGCUCCUGAUUCGGAGCACGCUGCAGCCCUUGGUAAUGCUGGUCCUGUGGAGUGUCUCCCGGCCAGAACCCACUGAACAUCCAGAAGAGGGACGCCAUUUGCAGCUGCUAAAAGGGCCCAAGACGACCGGCUCCUUGCUGCCUCUGCAACAAAUGGCUUUGUUGACCACUUACAUCGAGACGCUCUUUUUUUGGUGUCCGUUGAUUCCCUUGUUGAGCAUUGGAAUUCUCAGCGCUGCGGUGGCCAACUUAUUCUUAUUUGACGUUGCAAUCUGGAGAUUCCAUGUCAGACUGCCUUCAGAUACGAGAAGUCGAGAUGCUGGGAUUUCCAGGUCAUAUUUGAGCUUUUCGCUGGGUGCCAGCUGUUGCUUCCAGGUUUGGCAUGCAUUCUGCACUGAGAUGUCGGGCCGAUACCUCUUGCUAGUCGCCAAUGUGGUGCUCUUGGGACCCUGGGCCCGUCGACUUUUGCCUCUGGACCGGGCGAAGAACUUCUUCUGGGCCGAUCUCAUCCGUGCCGGUGAGGCGGAGGUCAUUGAGCUGGCCAUCCGCAUUGAUGUGGAAGGGAGGGACGAGGACUCGAAUGUGGCAGGUCUAGAUCUGCUAUGA